CGGGCGACACGCCGGCUCCCCCGGUACUGAGCAGCCGGCUCCCAGCACUUGCACGAAUGCCACCGGCUCGCCCCGGCUCUGGAAGGCACUCGGGGAGGAGACACGACCCUCCCGCGGCCACGGCGGGAGACGAGCGUAACUAGGCCCAACAUUCUCCUCUUGGCUCUGUAGCUGUGAGGAAUGGCUAUGGAAGAUCCCGACAAGAAGACUGAAGUAGUACUGCUGGCCUGUGGGUCCUUUAAUCCCAUUACCAACAUGCAUCUCAGGCUAUUUGAGCUGGCUAAAGACUAUUUUGAUGAAACAGGAAAAUACAAAGUAAUCAAAGGAAUAAUUUCACCAGUAAGUGACGCAUAUAAGAAGAAAGGUCUGAUCAGUGCUGAUCACCGAGUAACCAUGGCAAAAUUAGCUACUAAAAACUCAGAUUGGGUGGAAGUUGAUGACUGGGAAAGCACCCAGAGUGAGUGGUUGGAAACAGUAAAAGUUUUAAGGUACCAUCAUCAAAAGCUUUUGUCUUCUGAUCCCACUAAUAGUCCGCAGAAUGCUUUACCUUUAACAAAGCCAGGACGGAAGAGGAAACAGGAACCAAAUAGACACGAGCCUAUUAAAAAAAAAAAUCAGAGUCCAGAUAUAAAAAGUACCCCACAGAUUAAACUGCUUUGUGGAAGUGACGUGCUGGAAUCCUUUGGGAUCCCCAACCUGUGGAAGUUGGAGGACAUCACUGAAAUUGUGCAAAAUCAUGGCCUUGUAUGCAUCAGUAGGGCUGGAAGCAACGUUCAGAAAUUCAUCUACGAAUCUGAUAUCUUGUGGAGACAUAAGAAUAAUAUUCACCUUGUGGAAGAAUGGAUCACAAAUGACAUUUCCUCCACCAGGAUCAGGAGAGCAUUGCGGAGAGGCCAGAGCAUUCGUUACCUAGUGCCUGAUGUAGUUCAGGCAUACAUAGAAAAAAAUAAUCUAUAUAAUCCAGAGAGUGAAGACAAGAAUGCUGGGGUUGUCUUAGCUCCCUUACAAAAAUAUGCAAGUGAUUCCAAGAACUAACAGGCACUAUACAGCGAAUUUACUUUCUGCUGUGAAAAGGUACUAGUUCAGUAGAGGAAAAUGUUUUUUUUCUUUAGUUUUUAUUUGCCUGUUUGGUUUUGGUGACUUUUUUAUUAAAUAGCAGGCAAAUUCUGUGGCUUUAGUAGACAUGUAGUUGCUGUUGAGGUUUGGUUUGCUUAAGAAUUGGGCCUACACAAUCCUUUUUAAAAAUACAGUUAGAAGAUUUUCACUUUUAAGCAUAUUGUCACAGUUCAUGAACUAAAUACAAGAAUUCACAGUGGUAUAUGAGAGUACAAAUUGAUGAACAGAACAAAUGAAAAUGUUCUGAUGUGUUUUAACUCAGACCGCUCUGACUGCUAUUUAUAAAAUAAGAACACAAAUAUUUUUAAUAACUGUGCUGUAAGUAAUAAAGCCAUUUCAUUUCAAAAUGUACCACUUACUGAUAGUAAAUCCCUAUAAUUAUUAUUACUUUUUAAGUUGCUAACAUAUGAUGCAACUUAAAGAAAUGAUUUAGCUAUACCCUGGAAGGGAAAAAUUUACUCCUGGCUGAAAUGGCACUAGAUAGAUCAUGCUUUUAGUUGCCUGCCUUUCAAAUAUGAAGCCCGUUUACUUGCUCUCACACAGUUUGCUCCCCAAAAUGCCUUGUGCUUUACCUUCCCAUUCAUGUUUCCAGAGCUGUAGGUUCAGUUCAACAAUGUUUCUCACAAGAGGAGGGACCUACUUCAGAAACUGGUUUAUAGCCAUUGAUUUAAUGGAAAGAAGUUAAUAAUAGUGUCAUUGCAGAUUCUCAGACAGUUGUCCCUUUAUUUCAAAUAAUAAAUGAGCCUUUACGUUUGAGCCAAAUGUAUAUAGCUAGAUAUGUUUUUAUGUUAGUGGAGUUGAAAAGAAAUAGUAGGACACUUAGGACUGUUCAUAAGUGAAAUGUUUUUCUUUGCUGGAAAUCUGGUUUAGAAUCUAAAAACAUACUGUCUGUAUUAAGUGAAUAUAAACUAAAGAGGCACUGUGAAUGUCAUGGUAAUAUAAUUCUACCUCCCUUUCUUUGCUGUCAUCCCAUUUUUAGUUUGGAUUAUGUGCCUUAAUAAAAAUGUCAAGGUUUCCAAGACGCUACCUAACAGGUCAACAGCUUUUUCAUACUAUCUCCUCAAGACAAAUCUGUUCACAUUUUUCAGAUCAACAAAGCCAACAGAACAUGAAGUUCUUGGUGUGCAGAGCGUAGGUGCUGGUGGGCAAGUCUAGAACCAUGAACUUGCUUUGGGAUCAUAACUGUGACAACCUGUCAUCCUCCUUCCCUGGCAUGUGAUUCCCAAAAACUAAUGCAGAGGUGUGGGCUUCACUGAGAGCUUAGGGUGAAUCUGGAAGCCACAAGCCAAACACAGCCAAACAAUCACGGGUUGCCUUAGAAUGUGCAGGGCUCAUAUAGAACCCAACUGGAGAGUAAAGACUCUAGUGGGAGAACAUGUAACAUGCAGUGGAGCUAGGAUCACACAUACAAACCUGGAGCCCCACGAUAUUAUAAAAUUACCAUGUACUAGAACCUCUGUUCUGCUAGGUCUAGCCUGUAAAGGUGGCCAUCUGUGGUGGUUUUUCUCGGGUGGGCAGCCAAGCUCCACCACGGUCACUCUCUAACUCCCCCUCUUCAAAGGCACGCCAUCUACAGAGAAUGUACAAGGAGAUCAUUAGUGUAACAAAAUCAAGGCACAGCUUAGAAGGUCAUCUGUAACUCUACUGUGACAUAGAGUAGCAUCAUAGAUCUUAUUUUUUUUCCCUUGGUGAUUUCUGCAUCAAAUGUGCUCAGUCUGCCAUUUUUUCCCUUAGAGCUUAGGCAAACUUACACAGUCUUUUGAUAAUGAGGCUGGGUUCAUGUAUCAUCAACAGUUACAAAGGCACUGAAGGACAUAUUAAGCCCCUCUGUCACACCUUAGCAUCAAACUGCCAUUGAAGAUAAACUAUAUUAUUGAUGGUGCAUGUGAAAGGAUAAGAUCUCUGUUACUCUUUCGUCUGUUGUCUGUCUUAAUGGUUGACAAGAACAGAGAGCAGGAAAGUUUUAUUUUCAGCAUGCACGUCAACUAGUGUGCUUCUGAAUAAACAGAGCAGAUAUUUCCAGUAGGAAAGCACCCCAUUUAUGUGGUCACUUUUCAGAGUAAAACUACACUUUAGGAUUAUUCUUCUAAAUAAUGACACUGGUAUAUAUUGGUGCACUGUAUAAUUCUAGAGAAACUGCAUAUUUAACUGCAUGUUUAUAAAGCUGUGAUCUUCAGACAGUUAUUUCACUGGGUUUUAAUGUAGUUUUAUGUGAUGGGUCUUUCAAUAAAAUAAAUUGCAUGC